GCGCAGCGCUGUGACGUAAUGCAGUGGAAGAAGGAGGUGGCCCCGGAUGUUGCGGCGCCCGCUGGCCGGGCUGGCUGCGGCCGCCCUGGUCCGGGCCCCUCCGGACGGCAGCUGUGCCCCAAGCAGGAGGAGGCCAUCGUGCCUCACCUGAGUUGUAUCCAAGGCAUGUCGGGCCCCCGGCCUGUGGUGCUGAGCGGGCCUUCGGGCGCUGGGAAGAGCACCCUGCUGAAGAGGCUGCUCCAGGAGCACAGAGGCAUCUUUGGCUUCAGCGUGUCCCAUACCACGAGGAACCCGAGGCCCGGCGAGGAGAACGGCAGAGAUUACUACUUUGUAACCCGGGAGGUGAUGCAGCGGGACAUAGCGGCUGGCGACUUCAUCGAGCAUGCUGAGUUCUCGGGGAACCUGUACGGCACGAGCAAGGCGGCGGUGCAGGCGGUGCAGGCCAUGAACCGCAUCUGCGUGCUGGACGUGGACCUGCAGGGCGUGCGGAACAUCAAGGCCACCGACCUGCGGCCCAUCUACAUCUCCAUACAGCCGCCCUCACUGCACGUGCUGGAGGAGCGGUUGCGGCAGCGCAACACCGAGACAGAGGAGAGCCUGGAGAAGCGGCUGGCUGCUGCCCGGGCUGACAUGGAGAGCAGCAAGGAACCCGGCCUGUUUGAUGUGGUCAUCAUUAACGACAGCCUGGAGCAGGCCUACGCGGAGCUGAAGGAGGCGCUGUCUGAGGAAAUCAAAAAAGCUCAAAGGACCGGCGCCUGAGGCUGGCUGUCUCUUCUCGGCACCCCGGGUGCAUCCGGGACCAGGGCAGCAGCACUGAGCAGCCCCCUUGGCAGGCCCUACGGCAGCUCUGUGCCCUUGGCUGGCGUGUGGAGUGGAGGGGAUGCAUCUCCUGUGGUUGGACCAUGCUGGGGUGACCCCAACCCAGCCCCACCGGGCUGUCCCUCAAACACUGGACCCCGGGCUGACAUACUAAUAAAAUAAUGGUUGGAUUAGA